GAGAGUUCAGUAAUGGCGUCCUUCGGCUGGAGGAGGAAAGCGGGCGAGAAGGUGUCCAAGUCGGCUGCGCGGCACUUCGAGGAGGCCGGGGCGGCCGGCCAGGAGCGGGAGGACGGCGACGGCCGGGUGGACUGGCAGCAGGCCGUCAAGCGACGCCGGGAGGUCCUGCUCGGGGAGUGCGCCGUCGAGAGCGAGCGGCUGAAGGAGGAGGGAGCCGCGCUGGCCGAGCAAAACAGGCUCCGGGAGGCCGUCAGCAAGUGGGACGAGGCCAUUCAGCUGACGCCGGACGACCCGCUGCUGCACGAGAUGAAGGCCCAGGUGCUGACGACGCUGCAGGAGGUCUUCCCCGCCGUCGCGGCGGCCGAGACGGCGGUCAAGCUGCGGGGCGAGUGGUGGGAGGCCUGGCAGACUCUGGGCCGCGCCCAGCUCGGCAUGGGCGAGGUCGACAUGGCGCUGAGGUCCUUCCAGGUGGCCGUCCACUUGCGCCCGUGGGAACGCGCCCUUCGGCAGGACGACCUGGCGUGGGCGCGGACGCUGCGCCGGCGGAAGGAGACCGCCGGGGAGACCCUGCGCCGCCGGGAGGAGGACCGACGGCUGCGGCUCGGGGACGUCCCCGAGCUCCGCGGGGACUUCGACUUUGAGUCGGACGAGGUGGUGGCGGCGUGCGAGGCCGCGGCCCGGCGCCAGGCGCGAUUCCGCCCAGGGGGCCCCGCCGCCCUGGCCCUGGCGGUGGACGGCGAGGGGAACGUGCUGGAAGCGUCCGGGGACGCGACGGAAACCUCGCUGGAAGAUUUCGUCAAAGUGAGAACGUGAGGAACAAAUCGCCAAAGCUUCCCCUUCAACUUGUCGUCUGCAACUUUUAUUGAACCGAAUGUUUAAGAACAAAAAUGUAUGGAAAUAAUGAUCACGUCGCUGUGAUAUUCUUCCUCAGAAAGUCGUACGAAUGACGCAGGUGAGGUGAGUUCAUUGUAGCUUCUGCCACCUAGUGGAAGAGCAUGAAAUUGGGCCGCAGUGGUCCUGUGGAACCCCAGGGGUUCGGCGACCCAGUCGCUGGCUUCGGCGGGCAGCUCGACGUGCGCCGUGUCUGUGAAAGUCUUUUUGCGCCGUCGCACCUUCGCUUGAAAUGCUUUUGGUGUUUUUUUUUUGUUUUUUUUUUUCAGCUAGGCAUCCAUUUUUCAGGUCGUAGUUCUGAAGCGUUCGAGCGCGAAUUUUAUUGACGGAAUCGUUUAUCCGUUGAAAUUUGGCGGAGUUGGCGACGGCGCUCUCGGGUGUCAGGUGGGCGGGGCAUUUAUGGGAAUUUGCCCCAAAGGGUCCGUGACGUCGUUGCGCAACUGCAAAUGGAUGUGAAAUAAAGCCACUCAAGUCGAAA